UUGGACGACCCAAAAGUCACUUCCUUAGGAAUUUUCUUAGUCCUAAGUUCACUGAAGGCAACAAGUAUAAUAUAUAUGCCUAUUUAGCUCCAGACAUUUCCUCCUCAGAACAACCAAAAUCAUCAAACACACACCAUCAUUAAAAAUGGCUACACCAUUGGAAUACUAUCAAUCUUUACCACCUGUGGCCAAGACAUAUGGCGUCAUCUGUAUACUGACCUCAGGCGCGUAUCAUCUUGGACUAUACAGCCCAUGGAACAUAGCGCUAUCUUAUGAAGACGUGAUCAAGCGUUUUCAGAUUUGGAGGCUUAUAACAAACUUCUUCUUUAUCGGCCCAUUUUCAUUCACAUUUGCAUUUCGUCUUCUAAUAAUAGCAAGGCAAGGUGUUCAGUUAGAGAGGGGACCCUUUGACAAGAGGACAGCCGACUACGUAUGGAUGUUCCUCUUUGGAUCCUUGUCACUGCUGGUGAUUGCAGCUAUUCCAUUUUUAUGGUCCCCGUUUAUGGGAGCUUCCUUGGUUUUCAUGAUUGUCUAUGUUUGGGGCCGGGAGUUCCCAAAUGAGCGUCUCAAUAUACAUGGCCUGUUCGAAUUGAAGGGUUUCUAUCUUCCUUGGUAUAUGCUUGCGAUAGAUUUGAUCCUCGGAAAUCCUUUGAAGCCAGAUCUUCUAGGGAUGGUUGCAGGACACCUAUUUUACUUCUUGACAGUGCUUUAUCCUCUUUCCGGUGGAAGAAACAUAUGCAAAACUCCUCUAUGGGUCCACAAGUUGGUUGCAUUCUGGGGUGAAGGAAGCCAAUUCAAUUCUCCAUGGAAGAAAAAUCGUUCUGAAGAAGUAGUUUUCAAGGGGAGAAGCUACCGUCUCGAUGGGACCAAAACGAGCACUUCAGCUGCACGAGCACAGGCACAAGCAAGCACUUCAGCACCGGCAGAAUCAAGCACCCCAGAACAAACCAACCCUGCUGCAGCAGGAGUAGCUUUCAGCGGGAAAAGCCAUCGUCUCAACACUCGUUAGCCAAUCAACAAUGUCUUCUGUGACUAGCUCCAAUUUCGGAACUGCUUGAGAAGGUAAACCAUUUUCUCCCGGAAAGAAAUAAAAGCUGUUCCAAGCACUACAAACCCCUAGUAAAGUGCAAGGUGUUGCUUUGUAGUUAGUUCUUCAAUUCAUGCAUAUGAUUUAUGAGUCCCAUGGAUUAAGAAAACUUGUGACAAAGCUAUAUUAUUCUCAGUGGUUUCUGUGUUAAUCCAAGAUCUGGAGUUCAUCUCAGAACUCAAAUAGUCCAUAAAA